CUCCCUCUGCCCCCCUUCCUUCCCCCCCAGGUGUCCGUGGAGCUCAAUCCCGGCUGGAAUGGCUCUCUGUGGAACGGCUCCUGGGUGAACGUGGUUCACGUGCGUGCGCAGGGCCCCCUGGCCACGCUGCACAUGGUGUGGAGCAGCCUGGGCGCUCCCUCCGUGCUCCUCGUGGCCUCGGGGAGCCCCCAGAGCCGCCUGGCCAUCGACUGGGCCCGGCUGCUGUCCCCGGAGCCCGCGGGGGCCCUGCGGAUCCACCCCCCCGGCAGCGUCUCCUACGCCGGGGCCGUCGCCUUCACCAGGCUUUUGGAGGAAAAGGCUCCAGGGGAGGGGUUUUUCCCUCCCUACGACCUGGCCGAGUUUUCCUGGGAGAGCUCCAACGGGAGCCUGGAUCCGUCGGCGCGGACGUUCCGGCUCCGCGGGAGCCCGGCAGCCGACCCCGGCCCGGCCUUCGCCAACGGCAGCCUGGAAUUCCAG